UGCGGCGCAGCUGCGCUCCUCAGGUCGCCACCUUGUGUCGCGGAAGGUUCUUCUAGGCGCAGUCAGGGUUCCUUUGCAAAUGUUACCGAGCAUCAGUAAAUUUAACUGAAUCCAGUGGAACCACGGCCCCCUCCCUUUGCUACGUUAUACCUUGCCUUUUGGUGUUGAGAUUUGCCGUUUAGUUACUGGAUCCUCUGAAGGCUGUCCCUGGAUCUCCAGUGAAAAAUCUAUAUUCUAGCCUGAACGGUGGAAGAAAGAAGAGUUGGACGCAAUGCUUUCCAAGCUAGCACAUUUGCAAAUCCUUGCUGUACUUCGUCGUGGAGUUCAUUCUUCAGUGACUUGUGCCACAUCUGUUGCAACUAAGAAGACAGUCCAAGGCCCUCCAUCCUCUGAUUACAUUUUUGAGCGAGAAUCUAAAUAUGGUGCACAUAAUUACCAUCCUUUACCUGUGGCUCUGGAGAGAGGAAAAGGUAUUUAUGUGUGGGAUGUAGAAGGCAGAAAAUAUUUCGACUUCCUGAGUGCUUACAGUGCAGUCAGCCAAGGGCACUGCCACCCCAAGAUUGUGAAUGCUCUGAAGAGUCAGGUAGACAAGUUGACCUUAACAUCUCGAGCUUUCUAUAAUGACGUACUUGGUGAAUACGAGGAGUACAUUACUAAACUUUUCAAGUAUCACAAAGUUCUUCCUAUGAACACAGGAGUGGAGGCUGGCGAGACUGCCUGUAAACUUGCUCGUCGGUGGGGCUAUACUGUGAAAGGCAUUCAGAAAUACAAAGCAAAGAUUAUUUUUGCAGCUGGAAACUUUUGGGGUAGAACAUUGUCUGCCAUCUCCAGUUCCACAGACCCAACCAGUUAUGAAGGGUUUGGACCUUUCAUGCCAGGUUUUGAAAUCAUCCCAUAUAAUGAUCUGCCUGCACUCGAGCGUGCUCUUCAGGAUCCAAAUGUUGCUGCCUUCAUGGUAGAACCAAUUCAGGGCGAAGCAGGUGUUGUUGUUCCAGAUCCAGGGUACCUAGUGGGAGUUCGAGAACUCUGCACAAGGCAUGAGGUCCUGUUUAUUGCUGAUGAGAUACAGACAGGGUUGGCCAGAACUGGUAAAUGGUUGGCUGUUGAUCAUGAAAAUGUUAGACCUGACAUAGUUCUUCUUGGAAAGGCCCUUUCUGGAGGCUUAUACCCUGUGUCCGCAGUGCUAUGUGAUGACAACAUAAUGCUGACCAUUAAACCAGGGGAACAUGGGUCAACGUAUGGUGGGAAUCCCUUGGGCUGUCGCGUGGCUGUUGCAGCCCUUGAGGUUUUGGAUGAAGAAAACCUUGCUGCAAAUGCAGAGAAAAUGGGUACUAUCUUGAGAAAUGAACUCAUGAAGCUGCCCUCUGAUGUUGUAACUGCUGUUAGAGGAAAAGGAUUGUUAAACGCUAUUGUUAUUAGAGAAACCAGAGAUUACGAUGCUUGGAAGGUGUGCCUGCGGCUUCGAGAUAAUGGGCUUCUGGCUAAGCCCACCCAUGGCCAUAUUAUCAGGUUGGCCCCUCCACUUGUGAUCAAGGAGGAUGAGAUCCAGGAGGCUGUGGAAAUCAUUAACAAGACCAUCCUGUCUUUCUGAGGGUAGGAACAGUUCAUUGGGUCCUGGGAGCUGGCUGGACAGAGGUGUCCUAUGAAAAGCUCUGCUCUGAAAGUGGGCACAUUUAACCCCCAUGUGCAUGUAUUUUUUUUCAAUCGUUGAGUAAUAGAGUGACAUUUAUGAACAUGUAGUUGGCUGUGUAACAUAACUAAGAAUGGAUGCAGGGCUGGGGAUGCAGCUCAGCGGCACAAGUGCCUGCCUGGCAAGCACAAGGUCCCGAGUUCAAUUCCCAGUACCAAAAGAAAGGACAGGCACAAACAGUAGCAAAGUUAAAAAAAGAAAAAGAAUGGAUGGGUCCUGUAUUUGGUUAAAUUUGUGACUGUGUAUGUAUUUUCUAAGGUGAAAUGCUUCUGUCUGUAUAUAAAUAGCCUUCAAAUCAAGUCCUUUAGUAUAAUUGACAUACUUUUUAUAAUUUCUUUGCUGGUAUAAAUGUUUUGUAUUUGAAAAAGUUAUCUGAGAUAUUAUGUAAAAGACUUGCUUAACCUUAUGUAUUGAAUGAUUGUAACCACUGAGGAAUCAUUAAUGGUUAAGCAUAUAUAAAAUAGUAUUAAAUAAACAUUAUAUUGGCUAACACCAGACUGUAUUCUACAGAUGUCAUUAUUUUGAAUUAAAAAUGUGUUCCUAAAUUGUUUUAAGUGCUUAAUUAUAAUUUGUAAGGUAAAACAUUUAUUUUUAACAUUUCUUUAAGUCUGAAAUAAAGCUUAUGUUUAAAAUGUCCAAUUUUGAUCAGUAUACUCUUACUGUAGUCUUACUUUGGUAGUCUUACCUAAUAUCUUUAAGCUCUUUAACUUACCUGUUAGUCUUACCUAACAUCGUUAAGCUCUUUGAGAAUGUUCUUACUUUGCUUUAUUCCUUGUGCUUUCCAAGAUCAUAAGUUUAGCUGGGCCUGGUGGUUCAUGCCUUUAUUCCUAGCUCUUUGGGGGAGGUCAAGGGAAGAGGACUACAGUUUAGCAAGACACUGUCUCAAACUUCCGGGAAUACAGCUCAGUGUGAAGGCCCUGAAGGGGUUCAAUUCUCAGUACCCAAACCAGCCAAUCACCCAGCCAGCCAGCCAACCACCCAAGCAACCAGUUUAUGUCAUUCUUCAGUGAUUGUAUUUCAUGGUAAAGUAAAACCUUGGUUUGUGAGUAGCUUACUCUGAAUGUUUUGUAAGAUGAGCAAACAUUUCUAAUAGUCUUUAACUGGAUAAACAAAUGAUGUCUUAUGAUGAGUAGUAUUGGUGUCAAAUGUCACGUGAUCACAACUGAGUCAAUGGUUCCUCUCACCCUCCCUCACUAUGGGAUUGUUUCCCACCAGCAAGAGGUUAUGGAGCAGAUCUCAUCUGUACAAGAGGAGUAAAAGGUGGAAGAAUCCCUCACUUCAAAUGAGAUUAGGGAGAUGUGUAAAAUGUGAGAAACAGGGCAAAAUUUUGUAGAAAAGUAUCAUUCAAAUAAGGCUAUAGCAGUGUGAGCAAUGAAUCUGUUUAACCAUAAUGUAGUGUCACAUUUCCACAAAAUCCUCAAAAGGAGGAGGCACAAGCAAGUGUCAUUGGAUAGGUUCCUUGUUAAAGUUGCACAGAAAGAGAAAGAUUUCAUGAGCCAAUAAAUAAGUUAGUGAAAGUCGUUUUACACAAUAACCCUCCUCUCUUGUCUCCCUCACACCAGCCACAAAGCUUUUCACAGCUAAGUGUGGGUUAACUUAAUUUUCUUUUAGUUUGUAUUUUAUUAUUUUGCACUAUAUAUAGUAUUGCAUUUUAUAUGAAUAUUUUUGGGUUGUGGAAUGAAUCAUGUGUUUCCAUUAUUUCUUAGGGGGAAAUUUGCUUUGAUGUAUAGGUGCUUUGGAGUAUGAGCAUGUUUCUGGAAUGAAUUAUGCUCACAAACCAAGGUUUUAUUGUGUACGGGCAUAAUAUAAUUUUGUCUCACAUUAGGGGACCACUUAGCUUGUUUCAGGUUUUUGGCUUUUUAAAUAAAGCUUGUGUUCAUAUAUUC